AAGGCCAGGCGCAUCCCUGCCAGUCGAUCAUUCCUCGUCGAGAAACCUGAUCGUUUCGUACAGUAUAUCGAUAGGUACUAGUCGAUCGUAACAAAGGAAGGAGAAAAAGAAAAAGUAAACCAGAGAUGAGGAAUGCUGUGCUAUUGUGUUACGCGUGCACGCUGCUGAUCGGUGCCCAGGCCAUUGGAAAAUACAGGGGCCUGGAGUUUUUGGAGCCCUGCUCCAGGAGCGACCCAAGACUGGAGGCCUGCCUCGCCAGAACGGCCAAUACACUCGUCGAACAUUUCCGUCAAGGUCUACCGCAACUGGGUUAUCCAGAAGUAGAGCCAAUUAUCCUGGACGAGCUGCAUAUCGCGCUCGGAGGAGGCCCGAAUGGCUACAGGGCACAAUUCAAGAAUAUCACCGCGAGAGGAGUAUCUUCCCUGCGAAUAACUGGCCUCAGGACAAGAAUAACUGACGAUGAAGUGCAAUUGCAACUGGCCUUUAGCGUUCCCAGAAUUAGAGCAGCUGCUAAAUAUCGGUCCAGUGGAACUUUGAUUUUAGUGCAAGCCAGCGGCGCCGGAGAUUAUUGGGGCGAAUACGAGGGUGUCAGGGCCAAGGUUUUUAUCAGAGCAAGGCCAUUUUUAUAUGAAGAUCGUCGUUAUCUUAGACUGCAACAACUGAAAAUAGAUUUCAGUGUACAAAAUAUUAAGAUGGGAGUUGAAAACGUUCGCGACUCCAACAGCAUACUAUUGGCGGCGCUUAAUCUUUUCAUCAAUACUAAUAGCCAAGAAUUGUUGAAAGAAAUGAAACCGGAUCUGAGGAGGAAGCUGCUACAAGUGAUGACGGGUUUUGUGGAGAAACUUUUUGCUCAAGUGCCAUAUGACGCCUGGAUUACGGAUUAAACAAUCGACUGAUAACUAUCGAGAGUAAAAUUCAAUCAUUAUUACGUCAUCGGUGCAUUUUUGAACCGCGACGCGAGACUUAACGUAAAAGGAAAAGAAUCUCUUAUGUUCGCGCGAGUCAUCUUCGAGAUACAAUGGAGGUUCCUGACACAGAACUCGAAAAUCACGAAUAACAAAGAUAUCGAUUAUUUCCAAUUAAUGUUUUUAAGAAAAACCAUUUGUUGAGAAAAAUUUGUAGCGAUUAGUAAUGUAAUUUUUUUAGACAUGACUUGUCCAAUAAGCAAUUUAUAUCUGCAGAGUAAAAAUUGUUAUUACGCUGCAAUAAAAUACAGGGUGUUUUUGUAUAUAAUUUUUGGAAACAUUGAAUUUUGUUGUUUCCAUUUUACAAGCGUUACCCAAAGCAUAAUUGUAAAGAUGUUCAUGGGAAAAAUAAAAAAUUUUUAGGGUUGAAAUUAAUAAUAAAUAUAAUUACGUAUGUAUGUAUAUUGUUUAGGAUAACAUUAACCGUGAACAAUUUGUAGCAAACUCUUGUCUUACUGUUUCAGUCUUGUCUUACGGUAUCAUAGUUUAUUAUUUAUUUCAGUUUUACUUUAUUGUGGCAUUGAAGAAUCUAAAAUAUCUAAAUUGACAAUUAAUUAUUCGAAUUACUUUAUAAUGGCAUAUAGACAACAUUUAACAUUUUAAUGGUUUAAAUUUUCGAAUGUAUUAUAUUUAGCGUUAUACGAAUUUAAAGAAUUA